GCGCGGGCUCGAAAAACAACAAAACCGGCCCCUCCGCUCCCUACCUUUUGCGAACCGUCUGUUUUGUCUUGCCUUGUCUGCCAUCGCAUUUCAGCAUAGCCUUUGCUUGCGUGCUUGCCUUGCCUGUCUAGAGUUGACUCUGUCUUUAUUCCUUGUACAUACCCCCUCUUACGGUCUAUCGGUUGCCGCGAGCAGCUCCUCGCAGCAGACAAAAUGGGUUCCCUCGGCCUGGAGGACGCCUAUGUCACUCUGCUGACCACCGACACUUACUUGCCUGGCGCCCUCGUGCUUGCGCACUCCCUGCGCGAUGCCGGCACCACCAAGAAGCUAGCCUGCAUGGUCACGCCCGACACUGUCGCGGGCGAGGUGAUCGCACAGCUGAACACCGUGUUCGACUACGUUAUUUCCGUCCCGACGAUCCGCAACGCCCACCCGGCCAACCUGGCCCUGAUGAACCGACCCGACCUGCACUCGGCCUUCACCAAGGUCAACCUCUGGAAGCAGACGCAGUUCCGCAUGAUUGUCUACGUUGACGCUGACGUCGUGGCCGUCCGCGCCCCUGACGAGCUCUUCGAGCUCGAGGCCCGCUUCUCGGCCGCCCCCGACAUCGGCUGGCCCGACCUCUUCAACUCGGGCGUCAUGGCGCUGACCCCCAACAUGGAGGACUACAACGCCAUGAUGGCCAUGGCCGAGCAGGGCACCUCGUUCGACGGCGCCGAUCAGGGUCUCCUCAACAUGCACUUCAAGGACAACUUCAACCGCCUCCCAUUCACCUACAACGUCACCCCCUCGGCCCACUACCAGUACGUGCCCGCGUACCUCCACUUCCAGUCGAGCAUCAACAUGGUCCACUUCAUCGGCCCCGACAAGCCCUGGCGCCAGGGCCGCGGUGUCACGACCGGAAGCGGCCCCUUCAACGACAUGGUCAACCAGUGGUGGACCGUCUACGACCGCCACUACGGCAAGAACUCGACAGCCACAAAGUCCUCGGAUAUCGUCCGCCACUUCGUCGCGGGAGAAUACCAGCCCAAGGGAGCAUACAACGUUCCCACUUAUGGCUCGUGGGAUGCUUCGAGACACUCACCUCCGACUGGGUCCGGGGCGGAAGCGCCCAACCUCCCGCGGUCGUACUACGCCAUGUCUUCUGACACUUCUCAAUACUCUGGAUAUGCCACGUCUCAGCAGAUGCCACCCCCAAUCUUCCCCUGGGAGCAGAACAGGCCGCAGCCGUCGCGGGUGUUCCACGACACGUUUCCACAGCAGGAGGAACAGCUCGUGGUGGCGUUCGGUGAGUCAGCCGGCUCAGAGGCUGCAGGCCAGAGCGACGCAGCUGAAACGGCGUCCUUCACAACGGAAUCGGUCUCGGAGCUGCAAACCAGCGAGCCCAACACCCCGACAGCCCUCCCGACCUACCCGCCCGUGACGGUGGCGUCUGACCCCUGGGCCACCUUCACGCUGGCCAACGCCUGGGACGACGUGCCCGAGAUUGACCGCUACAUCGGCAUGCUGCAGAAGCACCGCCGCAUGAAGAGCGGCGGCACCGUGACUGGUCUGCGCCAGGAAGGCACCGGGCAGGACAAUGAGGCUAACAAGGAGCCCGGGUCCGACGGCAGGCGCGGCUCCAAGGUCACCGACUUCCCGUCCGAGACGGAGCGACCCAGCCUGCCCGUGACCCCCGCGCCCGUCCGGCGUCAGGGGUUCUGGGCCGGUGGUAGCCCAGAAACCGAGGUUGAGAGCGUAGGUCCCGGCAAUCAGAUGCUGCCGGCUGCGCAGGGCGUGCCGCAGCAGUCUGAUUGGGUAUGAUCCUGUGGCGCAGCUUCAAAUGCUCGCUAAGCACCAACCCCAGCUGCUGCUGGAGAAGCUCGGUCCGGGCUGGCUCGAGGGGGAGCGGUCGACAACGGUGCUGAGCCCGCAGCCGGUGAAGCCUGCUGGGAACUUCUCGACGACCAUCCAGGAGCCGAGCUAUCACGGCCCCAGCGCGGCGUGGGAGAGGGGGGAGGACUUCCCGCUGAGGGAGACGCCCAUGCCGCCAACAGAAGAGGAGAUGGAUGUGCUUCAGACAUGAUGAGUCCACGUGGGAAAUGAGGGGGUUUUCGAGUCUUUCCUUUCUAAUGUGUAAUUCUUUUUGUCACCUAGGGGCUUUUGGUUAUUUUUCUUUUGUCAAUUUCAGCGGUGGACCUCACCAUCUGGUUCGUUUCAGGGGGAAAAAGGUGGUUUGAGUGACGGGGAGACGACGCACCCGCUAGCAACCCCAGUGUUGUGAGAACAGAUGGAUAAAUCGAGUAUCCGAACAUUACUAGACUACAUUGGAGCAUGGCAUGGAUAAGUCAG